ACGCAACACACGCUGUAAAUUAGAAAGCCGCUUUCCCGAUGGCUUCCACCCAAACUGUUAUCACGUGACGCGCCAAAAUACACGAGAUGCCACACACCCAGCGCUAAAUACCGUGUCAGUGUUAACACUGGAAUGACGCGGUGAGGGCGGCGGGUGACCGGUAACUGUGCGCACGCCACACCCUCCACGACGCACAAACAUGCAAUGGGAGAGCGGCCUGAGCGAGGUGCUGCCGCGGGACCUGGGCUCACUCUUCUCGGACACUUACACGGAGGAGAGCUGCUACAAAUUCUGCGGCCAAGAGCUGCGCAUCACCCAGCUUUAUGGCGCUAACCUCGGAGUGGCGGCUCCCGUGUGGGACGCGGCAUUGAAUCUCUGCAGCUAUAUUGAAGAGCAGAAGUUGAAUUUUAAAGGGAAGAAAGUAAUCGAGUUGGGUGCUGGAACUGGUAUCGUGGGAAUUCUGGUGUCCUUGUUGGGUGGGGAUGUGACUGUGACAGAUCUUCCGCACACACUGCCACAGAUCGAGAAAAAUGUGCUUGCCAAUGUUCCACCAAACCAAAUCCCACGCGUCUGUGCUCUGUCAUGGGGCCUUGACCAAGAGCAGUUUCCUCAAGACUUUGACUACAUCAUUGGGGCUGAUAUAGUAUACCUAAAGGAGACAUAUCCCCUCUUGAUUCAGACUCUUCAGCAUCUUUGUGGACCUCACACAACUGUAUUGCUGUCCUCAAAAAUGCGUCAAGAACACGGCACAGUGGCCUUUUUCCAAAAUGUCUUGCCCCAGCAUUUUGCUUUGGAGCUUGUUCAAAGAGAUGAAGAUGAGGACAUCAAUAUCUACAAAGUGACCCGCUGUCAGAACUGAAUGAAAGGAUCUAAGCUAGGUUCACUGCAAAUUCUGAAGCACAUUUCUA